GUAUCUAUCUAUCUAUCUACCUACCUCUAUCUAUCUAUCUAUCUAUCUAUCUAUCUAUCUAUCUAUCUAUCUAUCUAUCUAUCUAUCUAUCUAUCUAUCUAUCUAUCUAUCUAUCUAUCUAUCUAUCUGUCUGUCUGUCUCUGGAUCACUCUGUCGCUUAGAGUUACUUGGCUUUCGUUGUGCAAAAUAUAAAUAAGUACCCACCCUCGUUUUCAAGGCGUCCCAAUCCGUCCACCCCUGGUCUCACAUCGCCUUAAUUUGUUCAUGGACCUACUAGUAGGUCCACGAUUUGUUUGACUUCCAUCCUCUUUCUUCUCUUUCCAUUUCACCCCUUUUCCUAUUGGUUUUAUGACGGUUCGACGACCCUUUUCUUGAUGCCACCAGUUUACAUUUCACAGGUUAAAUCAAAGCAUUCAUAACAAGUACCUGUAUUACCGUGCUAGCUCUUAGUACAGAAUGGAAGAAUCUCGGACUCUGCUCGCGAAACCUGCGGGUGAUCACAUGAACGAUGCCGAUAAAAAGAUUCGUUUUUAAAUGAAGGCGUCCACGACAUCGAUGGAUACCAUAUCUUGGUGCGAUGGCGCCUGUCAUUCGUCAUCGUCUUCGUAUCUGGAUAUUACUCUUGAUCAGAAUGAGAAGCAGACCUCUUCUUCGAACCAUCUAUAUGAAUUACUUACAAUCGCCAAAGAGGGCGAUGUCGGGAAGCUGAAUGAACUGAUAGACGACGUCGGGAAACGGGGUAUAUCGACCGUGGUCGCGGAACAGAACGGCAAGAAAACAAACCCUCUUCAUAUUGCUGUUCAGAGAGGCCACAUCGAAGUGGUCGAUGCAUUGGUGGCUUGUGGAACAGAAGACCUGGUAAGGAGCGUCGAUCAUCACCGAAACACUCUCCUCCACGUGGCGAGCUCGGCGGGUCAUCUCGACAUCGUCAAGGACCUCGUCUGCCGAGGUGCGUCGAUGAACCGUGAGAACAGGGACAGACAGACAGCACUUCAUCUUGCCUGUCACCAAAAUAGGCCCGAGGUUGCAAGAUUUCUCUUUGAAAAUGGUGCUGAAAUAACAAUCCACGACUCCACCUAUCUCACCCCGCUGCAAGUGGCGAUUAACCACGACAGUUUCGAUGCCCUUCUCGUACUCCUGGUCUGUAUGGUAUCUUCGAGUAAAAAACACCAUGAUGUAGGAGCGGAAAUUCAUAGAUGGGCAGCAGCAAACAAUAAGGCAGCUAGUCUCAGCAAGAUUUUGGAUAGUGACAUACGAUUCCCUACACUCUCUGAUGUGGAUAUCAUGGACUUCAUAAUGGAUGCUGUCAAAAACAGACACAAAGAAUUGGUGAUGGUCCUCCUGAACUGGUCCCACCAGACAGUAGUACACCACACGGAUUCCGGUGGGAACACACCCUUACACUUCGCCGCAGAGGUCGGCGAUACCGUCAUCAUGCUUGAGCUCAUCAAAGCAAGGGCUAAUGUCAAUGCCAAAAAUGGGCGGGAAGAUGGCGAACGUACUCCCCUGCAUCUGGCUGCAGGGAACGGCUGGAUAAGAGCAGUUGGUAUUCUACUACAAUAUCAUGCACACAUAGACGAGAGGGAUCGGUGUGAGAUGACCCCGCUUCACCAUGCCUGUAUGAAUGGUCAGAUUGAGAUGGUCGAGAUACUUCUCUUUGGUCAAGAUGACGACCCCAUCGCAAACAAAGCCAAUGCCGUGGUCUGUGAUGAGGAUGGACGGACGUGCCUCGAUCAUGCAAUCGACAACGGAUUCGAGGAUGUAGCGAAGUUGAUCCUUCGCCAUUCAAAGUGGCGAGAUUUGAUGUGUGUCUCGAGUCUGGAUGAUGAUACUAACUACAGGACCACACCCAUGAGAAAGCUCAUCCAAUCAAUGCCUGAUGUCGGGAAACUAGUCCUAGAUCGUUGUAUAACUCUGACAGGGGGAGCCCACUCUUCUAAACCAAGCAAGAAUGUGACGGUAGAGUUCUACUAUGAAUUCCUUGAGGAUACUUUCUCACCAUGGAUCCGACAACCCGAAGACGGCGGUAAACAUGGAGGCAUACUCAACAAGGUCUAUCAGAGACUAUCGACAAUGCGGGGUUCUCAAUCGUCUAAAAGGGAGAAAUCUCAGUUUGAUCUCAAAGGACGUUUAAAACGAAGUGCCUGGCCUUACAUCUCAGACACUCGAGAACGAUUCUUGAACCAUCCUCUUCAGAUCAUGACAAGCCUUCAACGGGAGACCCUUCUGGACCAUCCUGUUGUUACCACCUUCCUGCAUCACAAGUGGGUCUCGGUUGGUCGGUACGCCUUCAUAUCUUCCCUCGUCAUCUACCUCCUCUUCCUCUUCAUGCUGACCGGAUUCAUCGUCGUCAUGCCACCAAACUACUACGUUCAGGGAGUCAACAUGAGCCUCGAGGACCCCGAUCAUAUCAUCUGGCAUGCAGACGGACGCAAGCGGUGGGUGGAUACGGCGUCGCAUUUGAAACUGCGUUUCUUCAGCACAUUUGGAUACAUCGUCAUUACUGCCCUCUCUGUGUUGAACUUAUUUCGAGAGUCCUGGAAGUGGUCUCUAGGGGCCUGUUCUGGAUUCCUUGCUUGGAUGAAUUGUGUUCUUUUCAUGAGGAGGUCGUCACUACUAGGAAUAUACGUCAUCAUGUUUUUAGAUAUCACACGAACAUUCCUGAAGUUUGGAUUUAUCUUGUUUAUGUUCAUCAUGGCGUUUGGACUUACAUUCUAUGCUCUCCUCAUGAACCAGAACGCCUUCCACUCCCUUGAAUACUCUUUAGCGAAGACAUUCGUCAUGAUGAUAGGCGAGUUCGACUUCCAAUCCAUCUUCUUUGCUACGGACUACAAGGAUUCUGAGUCUAUUUCACUGAUGGAUAAUGAUGCUUUCAUGGGAACGGUAUUCUUAUCGAAACUCACCUAUGUCUUCUUUAUUCUCUUCGUCGUCCUCAUGCCCAUCCUCAUGAUGAAUAUGCUGGUCGGUUUAGCUGUCGAUGACAUCCAAGCUAUACAAGCUAAAGCACAUCUGCAUCGCCUUACAAUGCAGGUUGAUUAUGCAAUGGAACUGCAGUGUAAGUUUCCUCUGUGGGUGUGGCGUUCGUCUGUUAUUCGCAGGAAAUCGUUCACUGUUAGAAAGAACAAGGUCGGGAAAUGGAUGCAGCUGAUAUCAAGCUUGAGGAAAGAGUUGAAGAAAGCGAUCAAAAUCUGCAAUAACAAGCAGCUUGCUGAGCCCAGUUCUGAUGAGGAUCGCAUCAAGGAUAUUAAUAUGAAGGUUGAUGAAGUCAUUCAUGAGAUAAGAGAAGGGCAUGGCAAGCAGCUUCAGGAGUCGGAGCGAACACAGAGCUCACAAAAGAGCAUCCAGAAUCGGGUUGGCCAUCUUGAGGACAAUAUGAAACUCUUGCACAAGAAGAUUGAUGCGUUGCUUGAAAGAAGUGCACUACCAGGAGAGUGAUUCGCGUUCACAUUUUCUUAUCCUGGUGGGUGUUUCAUAAAGCUGUUCGUAAAGUUACGCACAACUUUACGCUCGACUGGAACAUUUUAUCUCUGGUCUUGUGAACCUGUUUAAAUAUGUGUGAAUAAUAAUGAUAAUAAUGAUCUUACGUCCUUACUCAAUUACAUAGGUAUAUAUCACUUGAUAUGAAAAAGGGUUACUAGUCGUGCGUAACGUCAUUCGUAUCUUGCGAACAGCUUUAUGAAGCACACACCAGGUCCCUGUUGUAUAAAAGCUACGAUUAUGUUAUUUUUGCCAUUCAAUGGUAACUACCAUGGUAACGCUGAUCAAAAGCCAAUCAGAAUUAAGUAUUCCAUGCAAGUUAUCAUUGCAUGCCAAAGUUACCAUAAUGGUAACUUUUAUGUUUUGGGGCGCAGGUGCUUGGAAAGACAAGCAAAUAUAUGGUUUGAAGAAAUUGUUUUUUGAAGUCUCCGAAGAUCGAGAACUAAAUUUCGUGGUUUGCAGUUACAUUGGAUAUGGCACUCUGAUACUAUCAUAGGCAAGAUGCCCUUACUAAGAAUCACAGACCAUAACUGUUUUCUGCAUGUUUAUCUCACAACAUUAAAGAAUGAAGGACAUAAUUUUGUUCCUCUCGAAUGAAAGCAAACGUUAUUGCUUUAAUAUCUUAUUACGUGCUUGAAUUGUUGGCCUACAGUGAGACAGAAAUGACCAUUAGUUUGUUUUUACUUGCAGAAUUUUGAUUCUCAUAAAUCACGAUAUUUCUAGUAUAUUGCCGAAAUAUAGUCUGUAAGGAAAUACCCACUUUCUCCAAACAUUCUUGGAGUGCAUAUUUAUAAUGAAAAAUGUAAAUUUUUAAAAACUUUUAAUUUAAUUUCCAAAACCCUUCUUUUACCGACAACUCUCGUCUUGAAGACUAAAAUCUAGACGAAUGUUGACGACGAUCUUUACGAUCCUGAAGACAUGAAAUGUUCAUGUAACGCCGCAUUAUACAUGUAUGAGCAUUUACCUAUUUAGAAAAUGUGUAUCUUACGUUUUUAGAAGUGUAAAAAAAGAAAUAUCUGAAUAUAUUCCCCUAUAUUACAUGCAUAUACAUUAAGCAUGAAAUUAGCUAGAAAUCUGAAGAUAAAAUACAACUAAUCUAAAAUCUAUCUUACACAAUUCUUGUGAAUCUCUGUUUAUAUAUAAAACAGCUUUGGCAAAACUUUGUUCAAAUGUAUUGCAAAAUACUUUCCUUACACACAAUUUGAAUAUUUUAUUCAUAUUAAAAAUGUUUUGUACUUUAUUAUUGCUCUGUAUACUUUAUUGAAAAUAUGCAAAUUGGGAGAAAAAUAAGCGUUUGCUUGC